GCCCUGAGGGGAAGAGAAAGAGGUCUAAAAGCUAAGCGCUUAUGAGCGCGCGGAGAGAGCAGCACUGAUUGAGAAAUAAAUAAGGACGUCCGUGUCAUUUGUCCUCACAAAAGAGUCGGAUCUAACAGAACAUUCCUUCUUUGCAAACCUUCUUGCGUGCUGGACGUACAACUCCUUUUGCAAACUUUCUGCCUGUCGCGUUCUUGAAUUAGUUUAUUUAUUGGUGCUUUUGUGACUUUAAGCACAAAGUCAUAGAGCAGUGCCAGACUAUAUUUACCUACUAAUAUAAAAACAACCUGCCAAAGUGAACAACUCGGAUUUACAAAGAAGAUCAGACGACGCAUUUGAAGACGUUUUCACGGUCUGUCAGACUUCUAGGUAUGUCUGUAGAAGACCGUUCAGCUCUGGACAGGUAACCAGGUGUCGCUGUUGCUAUGGCAACACAGAUGGUGUCAUUGUUGCCUGCCCUCCUCAUCGUCCUCCUGGCGUCUUGCACAGCAGCACAGGACCUGGACUGGCAUUUUGAAACUGCUAAGUGCCGCUAUGCUCUGGGGAUGGAGGACGGCGUCAUACCUGACUCUGACAUUACUGCAUCCAGCGCCUGGUCCGACUCAACCGAAGCCAAACACGGCAGGUUGAGUAACGGAGAGGGGGACGGGGCUUGGUGUCCUGCUGGUCCAGUUUUCCCCAGUGCUUCUGAGUUCCUGCAGGUGGACCUGCGCAAGCUUCAUUUUCUGUCUCUGGUGGGCACACAAGGCCGUCAUGCAGAUGGGCUCGGCAGGGAGUUCGCGCGCAGUUACCGGCUGCGUUACUCUCGGGAUGGACGACACUGGAUGACUUGGAAGGACCGCUGGGGACAGGAGGUUGUGUCUGGAAAUGAAAACACGUAUGAUAUUGUCCUCAAGGAUCUGGGUCCACCUAUUAUAGCACGCAUGGUGCGUUUCUACCCGCUGGCAGACCGCGUGAUGAGUGUGUGUCUGAGAGUUGAACUCUACGGUUGUGUUUGGAAGGAUGGGCUGAAGGCAUACACUGCUCCUUUGGGUCAUGUAAUGGACCUGUCAGGAUCCCUUGUCAACUUUAAUGACUCUGUAUAUGAUGGCAGCAAAGAGGGAGGGGUGAUAUUCGGAGGAUUGGGCCAGCUGUGUGAUGGUGUUUUAGGUGGGAAUGAUUUCAUGGAGAGUAAAGAGCUGAGAGUGUGGCCAGGAUAUGAUUACGUGGGAUGGAAUCGAGAAACCUUGGGCCAACCCACUGUUGACAUUGAAUUCCACUUUGAGAAAACACGCAUCUUUCAUACCAUGCAGGUGCACAGUAAUAACAGACACACUCAGGGUGUGCGGGUGUUCAGCGAGGUGGUGUGUAAGUUUAAGGCCAGUCUGUUGAGCCCAUGGGCAGAGCCUGAGCUGAGCCUUCAAGUGUCUGAUCUACAUGACCUGUCAUCCCGCACGAUUUCGCUGCCGCUUGGAGGACGACCGGCUCAGAUUCUCCGCUGCCACUUCGCUUUCGCUGACAACUGGCUCCUUAUUAGCGAGAUAAGCUUCUACUCAAUGCCAUUUGAGGAUGGAUCUGUCCUUCCUCCAAUACCUUCCUCCAGCUCUCGUCCUCUCAAUGCCACUUCUUACAGCCCCAUUACUGCCAACGCAACCAGUAGCCCUACCAACCUGCUCAUGACCAAUUCUUCACUGCUGCCCAGCAGCAUGCCAACAGAGAUGUCUGGCAUCACUUUGAGGGUGGGGAUACCUGUGGCCAAAGACGACAGCAGCCACACGGCCAUCCUGAUUGGCUGUCUGGUUGGAAUAAUCCUGCUCCUAUUGGCUGUUAUAGUGGUCAUACUAUGGAGGCAAUACUGGAAGAAGCUUCUUGGCAAGGCUCAAGGAAGCCUCUCCAGCGACGAGCUGCGAGUUCAUCUUUCAGUUCCAUCGGACAAUGUGGUGAUCAACAACACCAACACACACACAUACUCCAGCCGCUACCAGCGCAUACACACCUUCCCUGACGACAGGGACCGAGAGGGGGAAUAUCAGGAGCCUAGCACCGUACUGCGGCCCAGAGAUCAGCGGGACAGCACAGCACUGCUGUUAAACAACCCAGCAUAUCAUCUCCUCCUGUCUGACCUGACACAUGGCCCCAACAGGCUGACAAACUGCCACAGCCAGCAAGAAAAGCCCCUAAACCUGUCCCAGGCAUGUGCUAUUGACAUGGUUGAUAAAGGGCUGCCUAUUCAGGAAGGACCGCCUCCUUACCCUGGAGCUCCGCCCCCAGGACUGUCAGGAGCUCAUUAUGGAGAGGCGUCGGGGGGCGGGGCAAGUGUCCCUCAUUAUGCAGAAGCUGACAUCAUCAGUCUGCAGGGCGUUAGUGGAAACAAUACAUAUGCAGUCCCUGCCCUCUCAGCCACGCCUACUGAUUGCCCACCGCUGCCCGAGUUACCAAGGGAACGACUGGUAUUCAAAGAAAAGCUGGGAGAAGGGCAGUUUGGGGAGGUUCAUUUAUGUGAGAUUGAAAACCCCCAGGAUCUUGCGAACCUUGAGUUCCCAUUUAAUGUCAGGAAAGGACGCCCUCUGCUGGUGGCUGUGAAGAUUUUAAGGCCAGAUGCCUCAAAAAAUGCCAGGAAUGAUUUUCUAAAGGAGGUGAAGAUCUUAUCUCGCCUGAAAGACCCGAACAUCAUCCGUCUGCUGGGUGUGUGUGUGAGCAGCGAUCCACUAUGUAUGGUCACUGAGUACAUGGAGAGCGGAGACCUCAAUCAGUACCUGUCCCACAGAGUACUGCUGGACAAGAGCGGACCGUCACAAAACACACCAACCAUCAGCUACCCAGCAUUGAUCUCGAUGGCGAGUCAGAUCGCAUCAGGAAUGAAGUUUCUGGCGUCUCUAAACUUUGUGCAUCGAGAUCUGGCGACAAGGAACUGUCUGGUUGGAGGAGAGCGGGGCGAGAGUGAAGAGCGUGGAGGAGAGAGACACAUUAAGAUAGCUGAUUUUGGCAUGAGCAGGAACCUCUAUGCUGGCGAUUACUACAGGAUACAGGGACGAGCAGUGCUGCCCAUUCGCUGGAUGGCAUGGGAGUGUAUCCUCAUGGGCAAGUUCACGACAGCAAGUGACGUUUGGGCAUUCGGCGUGACGCUAUGGGAGAUGCUCAGUGUAUGUCAGGAGCAACCGUACAGUCACAUGACCGACGAACAGGUCAUUGACAACGCAGGAGAGUUUUUCAGAGACCAGGGCAGACAGGUGUAUCUGUCUCGCCCAGCCGUGUGUCCGCAGGGUUUGUAUGAGCUCAUGCUGAGCUGCUGGAACAGAGACUGUAAACUACGGCCUUCCUUUGCCUACAUUCACUCCUUCCUCACCGAAGACGCCAUGAACAUGGUUUAGAGAACGGCAGAGAGGACGGACGAUUGUGUGGACCACGCACAGACUGGUGGUGUGUUUCUCAGCAGACACAGCUAAGCACUCUUAUGUAAAUUAGUGUAUUUUGGUGAUCGGUUGGUCGGGGCGAGUUUAAGCCGCAGGUUCGGUGCCCUUAAAUGACCCACUUCUCACCCCUUUAUCCUGAAAUCAUGAACUCUUCAAGCAACAUUUUCUCCCUUAAUCAGGCUCAGAAAUCUUCCAGAGUUCACCACAGAGAUGACCGGGUAGCUCUUUUCUUAUUGAAACUUUAAUCUUGAAAAUCUUUUCAGCACAAAAUUUUACUUUUUUUUCCACAUCAUGACAAAUAUCCAAGUGAAGUGAAUUCUUGAAUGAUCAAACAUUAAGAAAGGGCUUUUUUGUUAUUUGGAUAACAAUUGGAUUAAUGUAAUUACAAGUGCAUUUGACUGCUCUUUAACAGAUGCAUCAUCAAUCAAGACACAAAAUAUCUCAGAAUGUCUUUCAGAAUCAGAAUGAGCUUUAUUCGCCAAGUGUGCGCAAAAACAAGGACUUUGUUGUGGUUUUUAGGGGAACAUGCUAAAAUCAACAUCAACAAGAAGACAGAAGAACAUUUAAAUAAGUGAAUAAUAGAAUAAACAAUAAAAUUCUGAAGAUGCAUAUGAUGGGCAGCACGGUGGCGCACCCUCACAGCAAGAAGGUCACUGGUUCGAGCCCCGGCUGGGUCAGUUUGCAUUUCUGUGUUGUUUGCAUGUUCUCCCUGUGUUUGUGUGGGUUUCUUCCGGUUGCUCUAGUUUCCCUUACAAGUCCAAAAACAGAGAUUAGUAAGGGGACUAGGUCAAAAAGAAAAUGAAUGAAGAACACACACACAUAUAUAUAUAUAUAUAUAUAGUAUUGUUGACUUUUAGGAGCAAAAAAUACUGUAGAAGCCAUUAGCCGUUUUUUCCAACAUUGUUACGGAAGAAUGAAACUCACAAGUUUCCAUGUUUGCAUCCAAAGUUGCAAAUAAAACUAUUGAAAAAUUUGGAAUAUCGCAUAAAACAGUUGCGAAAUAAAGCAUUUUCCAUGCAAUGAGUCAAAGAGAACAAAGUCGCCACUUCCUGAUUAACUAGUGCCAAAUAUCCAAAAGAAAAAUGGAUUAUGCUGCGGUAGAAGCCACUGUGGACCUUUUUUCUUAUCAAAAAAAUUACUUGUCUCUCUGAGAUUGGAUUGUAAUAAUCAGCUUUUCAAGAGUUCACACUUCCCUAAUGCUUGAUAGUGAAUACAGGUUUGGCAUGCUGUCCCUGGAGAGAACCCUAAGCUCGGAGAUACUUGAGCUUAGGGCUCUCACCUGGCCAUUUAGCAUAGAAGGGGGUCUGAGAUCACCUUAUUAUGAGAGGAAAAGGGGGGAGAUGAGGGGAUUCUUCAAAAAGAUUAUAAGAGAGGUAAGAAAAAUGGGCAUGAAUUCGUCUGAUUGAUUUAUUAAUGAUUGCUGAUGUGAGACUAGCCGUGUUCAAUUAUAGAUCUCAACAUAAGUUUGUAAAACUUCACUUAGAGGUGCGAGACUAGACUUUUCUUUCAAGCCAGUUCUGGGAGGUAACAAUACAAAGCUAACGUAAAGGAGGUAAAGUCCAAAGAUGAUGGAUUUUACCUUUUAAAGUGACCAAAACAACAUUUCAGGUGUUGUGCAGUGUGGUUGGUUCUGGUAUGUCCAAUAAUGCUGUCACAUCAAGCAACUUAAUUAAGUUUUUUUUUAUGCAUUUUCAAAAUUAAUAAGCUUCUUGGUGUUUCCAUCAAGCUUUUUAAUGCAAUAAUAAAAAUUCUGUGUAUAAAAGCUAGGUGGAUGAAAAUAUAGUGAUGAAUAUAGUGAUGACAGAAUUUUCUUUCAUAUUUUUUGGGUAAACUGUCCCUUUAAGAACCCGAGAAGGCAAGCUCUCUGUAAAUGCUUCCUGAUGAUUACAUCCUGAGGAGCAGUCAUGUUGAAUUCUCACUAACAGGAAUAUUCUGGAAAUUGAUUUGGGGAUAAAAUGUUGCUUUAAAUCCUGGUCCUGUAACCUGUAUUAGAGCAGUCUCUUCAUUCCCUGAACACUGAAUAUUUCUCCAAUGUAUUCAUAGGAACUGGUGGAGGGUUUUGUAGACGGACAACACAGAAAAAAACACUGCUCUGCAAACUGUACAUGUAGUCUCUACCGACAUCAUUCAAUCAAUUAUUGAGGAUCCAUAUUAAAAUAGACUAAAGGACAAAUGUUCUACUUGCGUAUCAAGUAAUAACAGCGAGUAACAGUUAAUUCAGUCUAACUUUGCUAGCUUUAGAGCUCAUGUAGAGAAUCGUGGUAUGUGUCGGUUAGCUUUCCAUGUCUUUUCUGUGGUGGAGGGUAAUUCAUCAUUAAGAAAUGCUUACAGGUCUCUAAACAUUCACAUUGAGUGUGACUAACCGUUUCAUCAAAAUCAUUUUACUGUUUUUUACACCGUUUAAAAUGACAAUGUUGUUGAAUUGAGAAUGAUGCCCUGUCUUACCACACAUGAACUCUCUUAAGGCCUGUUCACACCAAGGAUGAUAACUAUCAGGUUUUUAUUCAGAUUUACUAAGAACUGUAAUCCACACCAAAACCGUAACAAUGGAGACACUCACAGAUGCUAACCAAUCACAUUACAUACACAUUACACAUACACCAAAAUCAGAAACGUUUCUACUUCAACUCCUAAUUACAAUUAGUUUGAAAGCUCCUACUAUUGUGUAUUCAUUCAUUCAUUCUUUUAUUUUCCUUCUCUUGGUCCCUGAUUAUCAAUGGUCGCCACGGUGGAAUGAACCACCAACUAUUCUGGCAUAUGUUUUAUGCAGUAGAUGCCCUUCCAACCUCAACCUAGUGCUGGGAAACACCUAUACACUCAUUCACACACAUACACUACGGCCAAUUAUAAUUAAUCCAAUUCACUUAUAUUAUAUAUCUCUAGGCUGUGGGGGAAAACCAGAGCACCUGGAGGAAACCCCCCACAAACACUGGGAGAACAUGCAAACUCUACACACAAAUGCCAUCUGACCCAGCCAGGACUCAAACCAGCAACCUUUUUGCAGUAAGGUGACAGUGCUAACCACUAAGCCACCGUGCCACCCCUGGAUUUAUUCAGGCACAUUAAAAAAAACAAUUCUGAAUCUGAGUAAAUGAAUCAUCUUUAAAUCUAUCAUCCAUUGUUGUGAAGUCUAGUGUAAUAAUAGCAAAGUCUUGUUGUGGUCAGGCCUUAAGUGCGACUCUGAGUUCUGGCAGAUUUUGUAUAACUGACCUGUCAUUACGUGGACUGUCCUGAGCACAGAUCCUGAACUUGAUGGCACCAGUAUGUUCUGGACUUUUGGAAUUUAAAGACACUUUGUUUGGAUGGGGAUGUAUUGUAAGGUUGUACCAAUGCACUACUUGAAAGGACUCUUUGUGAGCCUAGAUUUGUCUGAAAUUGAAACGUGUGGGUUUUGAAAGUAUAUUGAGAGAAUGAAACAGAAUGGCAUCAGAAAUGUACAUUUAUAUCAGUAAGAGUGUUUAUAAAGGAGUAAAGUGAAAAAUAUUCUAAGCAUUUGUCCUGAAUUUACCAUGUAAACCAGUGGGACACUUGCAGAAAAGGCUAUCAAAGCUUCAGUAUGGCAUUGUAUUUAAACUGAGUGCUGUUUUCGGCGACUGCAGACUGGACUUUUUUUUAGACCCGGCGAAGUGACGCAUCUCAUUUAAGAUGAAACUGAGAAUUUGGAGUUGGAAAGCAGCACAAUUAACCUUUACUGUCAUUAACGCAGGAGAAUGUGAUUCCCUCAUGGUUCUAAUGCCAUGCCGAUUGUGCUUGUUUUUAGGUACACUGAGGCUCUGAGCUUUUAUUGUAUUUUCUAAAUAUAUUUGGGCAUGUUCUGUCCUCAGCUUUUCAUGUUUCAUAACUAAAAAAAAAUGUAAAUAAUUGAUGGGACAUAAUUUUCUUCAUUAAUAUUGCUGUUUGUCUGUAAUUAAUCUGGUCUGUCUGUCUGUCUGUCUCCACCUGUGUUAGUCAGUGUUAUUGCCUGUGUUGUCUAUUUUUUUGUAGGUGUUUUAAUAAAGUAAUCUUUUCAAAUAAAAUGA